CGUGCUCCUCGCUUAUCCAGCACACCAGCCAUCACUUCGAAAUUUCAACCUUCGACGCCAACCAACAACACCACCUGCCCGAUCAACAAAAAUCCGUCAACAUGGAGAACGAACGCGGUGAUCUUGUCGACCUCUACGUCCCCCGCAAGUGCAGCGCCACUGGCCGCAUCAUCAAGGCCAAGGACCACGCCUCUGUCCAAAUCAGCGUCGGUCAGGUUGACGAGAACGGCCGCUACACCGGCGAGAACCACGCAUACGCCCUCUGCGGCUUCGUGCGCGCCAUGGGCGAGUCCGAUGACUCCAUGAACCGUCUCGCACAGAAGGACGGUUUCCUCAAGAGCGUCUGGAGUGCUUCGCGGUAA